GGGUAAGAAGAUUGCCAAGCCACCCAAGUCCGUUCGCUGCAUCAUCGAGGACAUCUGUGGGCAUGCAGUGUGCCCCACCAACUUCUCAUGUGCUGCAACAACGGACCGCAGGGGAGUGGCGUGUGUCUGCGAGGGCGGCACCCGCAGCCCUGACAGCUCAUGCAUGGUCGAUGAGGAGUACUAUACUGCUCCUGAACCCGCACCCUCACCAACAGACACGGAUGUGUGUGGCAACAGCACCAGGAACCCCUGCAAGUCUGGUUCGUGCAUCAGCGGUGGCCCCGGCUCCUACUCCUGUGUCUGCCCGCCCUUGCAUGUCCCAGACACCAGAACCAACGGAUACCCCACCUGUAAAUACAGAUAUUUGGAGCCUUCGUCAACGCUGAAGGUGCAAGGGGACAACUGGAGGUGUGAGGACGUGUAUCCUCUUUAUGGACUCACUCAGGAGGAGUUUACUGCACAGAACAAUGCCGUGGACUGCUCUACUGCCCUCACCCGGGGUCAAACGCUCAACGUGACUGAGAGGGACGACCUGGCCUCCUGUUCUGUCUUCUACUUCAUUCAAUCGGGCGACACAUGCGAGUCAGUGGCAGCUUCUCUCGGCCUCUCCUCCUCCUCCCUGCCGCUCCUCAACCCCGGCUCCGUCUGCUCCUCGCCCCUCAAUCCCUCCCGCUCUCUCUGCAUCGAGCGGGACGAUGGGAUGGUGGGGAUUGGGGAGCAGCGUUGCAAUUCACUCUCCCUAGUCAGCGGCACGAGCAGCUGCAGUGCAGUGGUGGAGGGCCGUCAGCUGGGAUCCUUGGUGGAGCUCUACCGGCUGAACCCAGGGCUCGUGUGCUACAGCUCACUGCAUGCCGGUCGGGAG